AUGCCUACCUCACCUACAGCGACUGACCAUCCUGCAGCCGAUACACCGGUGGGCAUUGCCUAUGACCCCGUCUUUUCCUACCAAGUUACUGCUGGUCUAGGGCGGUACAACGGCUCCUACGUCCAGUCACUCCAGGGGAGAAAGGAAAUAGCCCCGUACACUGUUGUGCCGUACUCGCUCCAAGCCAUUGUCUAUAACCUCGUCACCAUCUCCAUGCACUCCGCUGCGGGCACCCCACCACCGACGAACUACUCUUCCGCACCUGUGAUCCAGAUCGAUGACGCCCCGUCCGUUCAUUUCGACUUUGCACCCGGUCUGCGAGGACGCUCGUUUGCAGCGGAGGACUGCACCGUGUUCGGCGCUCUUGGAGAUAAAAGCUUGGAGAUUGUAUCUAGCUAG